CCUCCUCUUUUGGUCCCGGGCGCCUCUAUAACGCUUAUUUAUUUUCUUUCAGUCCAGAGCGAGCGAGAGACGGAGAGAGAGAGAGAUGGAUCGAGACUGGGGAUCGAAGCCUGGGAGCGGCGGCGCUGCUUCGGCGCAGAAUGAGGCGAUCGAUCGGCGGGAGCGUCUCCGGCGUCUGGCCCUGGAGACUAUUGACCUGGCUAAGGAUCCCUAUUUCAUGCGCAACCAUCUCGGCAGCUACGAGUGCAAGCUGUGCCUGACGCUGCACAACAACGAGGGUAACUAUCUUGCUCACACGCAGGGGAAGCGGCAUCAGACGAACCUCGCAAAGAGAGCGGCUAGAGAGGCUAAGGACGCACCCACUCAGCCUCAGCCCCACAAGCGCAAAAUCGCCCUUCGCAAGAGUGUUAAGAUUGGUAGGCCUGGUUACCGUGUGACCAAGCAGUAUGAUUCAGAGACAAAGCAGCGCUCUCUUUUGUUUCAGAUUGAGUAUCCAGAAAUUGAAGACAAUACAAAGCCAAGGCAUAGGUUCAUGUCAUCCUUUGAGCAGAGGGUCCAGGCUUGUGAUAAGAGAUACCAAUAUUUGCUCUUUCAUGCAGAGCCAUACGAAAUCAUUGCUUUCAAGGUUCCAAGCACGGAGAUUGACAAGUCCACUCCAAAAUUCUUUUCCCAUUGGGAUCCAGACCUAAAGAUGUUCACGUUGCAACUAUACUUCAAAACAAAGCCACCAGAAUCUAGCAAAGUUCCGGCUACCUCUGUUCCAUCAGCCAAUGGCACAACAGCCCCUGGUGUUCCUCCAAGACCUUUGCCUCCACUUCAAGCACCUCCCCCACCUCCACCUCCACCUCAAGGAGCACCACCUCCACCAAAUCCUGUCGGAAACCCUUCCGCAAGAGCCCCUCCGCCGCCUAUAGGUGCUUCUCAACCCCCACCACCACCGCCUCCUUCGACGGCAAAUGGUCUGCCCCGGCCUAUCCCUCCGCCGAUGGCUGGGACCGGUGCAAUGGCAAGCUUCACUCCAGGGCUCCGGCCACCAAUGCAGUCCUUUAUGGGGCAGCAAAUACAAAACCAGGUUCAUUUUCCUCCCCCCCUCCCACCUAAUAUGGGUCAGUAAUCACCGGUUUCUUCUUCAUACCAUGGAUGUUUUAAUCAGACUUUUAUGUUUUGUUUGCUACUUGUGUGAUUUCAUAAAGCUGAAAUCGUAGCAGAAGAUCUUGAUGAGAUACUGCUGAUCUAUAAGUAGAUUUUCCCACCAUUUUCUACUUGGUUUUGGUUCAUGCUAA